CAUCUUGCAGAGCUUGAUAGGACGCAGGAAGAGGCUAGACGAGUGCAGAAAGACGUCAUGGCGCAGGAAGUAGCGGACGACGUGGCAACUUGACACCUGCCGAUGACGGAUCACGAUUUGUCCCACUUCGUUGUUAACACUCGACAUCGACCUGAGGAUCCUAAAGACUCUCGCUUCCGCUACAAAUUACUUGACAUGUGCAUACCUGUCGCGGCCAAGCUCGGCCUAGCUAAGGCAAAGUCAUGCAUCGAAGUGUACUCCAUCGCCGCCGAUGGGUCAUCGACGCUGCUCGAUCCACCUGCUUCCGUUUCCGGAGCAUACGGCGCAAGAAGGACAUCUAAACCGUCUGACUCCGCAGCAUCCGUGUUAGCGACCCGUGAUGAGGCUCCGCUGUCAAAGCUACCACCGAUGCCUCCGAAGAAAUGCUCGUCCAAGUCGGGCGCCCUCAUAUCGGGAUUGGCGCUCUCCGAACCUUUGGUCAACUGCAGUUUAUCCAACUUGAAUUCUAGAGCGUCGAUCGUGCCCAUCACACUUGAACGAUCGUCAUCGAAAUCUGAAGCACCAUCCUCCUCUUCCUCUGGAGGAUGCAUUGACGUGUCUGGGUCUCUAUCUGCAUCGCUUAUCACGACAGUUGGGCCCGAGGUCGUUACGAUUGUUCGCCCAUCUUAUUUUCGUAGUCUUUUUUUGGGUUUCGCCGUCAAAGGGCGAGCGGGCCGCCCUCCUUGGUGGUUGUUGUCAUCUCCAUGCUCGUCGUCGACAUCCAUAAAAGACCGCUUACUCCCUCUCGAGCAUUGUGAGAGAGUGUCGGUCGGAUUAUCGGGAGCGCGCAUAGAAGAGGCCGACGUGAGAUGCUCGUAGAGUGCUCGAGCGCUUUGGUUCCUUGGUUUCUGAUCUCUCCAUGUCGUCUUCAGGCUCAAACCGCAAUGAGACACAGUGUGAUUUGCGUUAGAGGUGUCUUUGUCGACAGGGUACGCCGCCAAUCCUCGACCAAGCAGGCGGUGGCAAUGAGAAUCCUCUGUAGCCUUUUCCAAUCCCCAGCGAUACACCCCAAAUCUCUCUCCCUUCAUGCCGAUUGGUCAUAGGCGGCCGUUGGAAGGUCUGGAUCACCACGACAAAGGAUGGUGAUCUCAGAAUCGAGGAUAAAUGCGCUCGCGAAUCGUCCAGGCGAGAGUCGUGAGAGAUACGAGCCGAGGACUUUUCUCACUCUGCAUAGGAUGAUGAGUUGGGUCGAAUCAGACUGAUCAGAAAUCAAUCAUUGCCAAUGUCAUAGAAACGAGGUGAAGAGCGGGGAUCUGCCGGAAGCCAAGCUGCGCCGCUAGAGGCUUAGAAGUCAGCCUCCGGUCAAACUGGGUAC